ACUUAGAGGGACUUGACUCUCCUCUUAGUGCGCUCCACUUCUCUGCUAUAUCUCUCUCCCUCUCUCUCUGUGAACCCCCCCCCCCCCAAUCUUUUAUUCUCUGAAUCCUUGACUUUCAGAAGAGCCAUGACAAGCAUCAGCAGGGUCAGCUACAGUGGGAGAAGUUAUAGUGGUGGUGGUGGUGGUGGUGGAGGCGGAGGAAAAGGGUUUUCCUCAAGAUCGGCCUUCGUUACAAGUUCAAGGCCGGUCAGUUCAUCUAGCACAAGGGUUAGGACCAGCAUGGGUUAUGGAGGUAGUGGUGGUGGUUAUGGAUCUACUAGCGGGGGCUUUGGCUCUGCUAGAGGCUUUGGUGGUGGUGGUGGCGGCGGUGGCGGUGGUGGUGGUGGUGGAUUUGGCACUGGAUUUGGCGCUGGAUUUGGCGGUGGCUAUGGUGGCGGUGGCGGAGGCAUGGCAGUCGCUCAGAUCGCCAACGUCCAAUGCAACCAGAGCCUGCUGGCGCCCAUGGACCUUGUGAUCGACCCCAACAUCCAGUCUGUCCGUACCCAAGAGAAAGAGCAGAUCAAGACACUAAACAACCGCUUCGCCAGCUUCAUCGACAAGGUGCGCUUCCUGGAGCAGCAGAACAAAAUGCUGGAAACCAAGUGGAGCCUGAUGCAGGAGCAGACCACCAGCCGCUCCAACAUCGACGCCAUGUUCGAGGCCUACAUCGCAAACCUGCGCAGACAGCUGGAUGGGCUCGGCAAUGAGAGGGUCAAGCUGGAGGGAGAGCUGAAAAACAUGCAGGGACUGGUGGAGGACUUCAAGAACAAAUAUGAAGAUGAAAUCAACAAGCGUGCUAAUGUGGAGAAUGAGUUUGUGCUCCUCAAGAAGGAUGUAGAUGGCGCCUACAUGAACAAAGUCGAGCUAGAGGCCAAGGUUGACGCCCUUCAGGAUGAGAUCAACUUCCUCAGAAGUGUCUAUGAGGCGGAACUGUGCGAACUCCAGGGACAAAUCAAGGACACAUCAGUCAUUGUGGAGAUGGACAACAGCCGCCAGUUGGACAUGGAUUCAAUUGUGGCUGAGGUCAGGGCUCAGUAUCAGGAAAUCGCUGAUCGCAACCGUGCCGAUGCAGAGCAGUGGUAUCAGCAGAAGUUCCAGGAGAUGCAGAGCACGGCAGGCUCAGCUGGAGAUGACCUUCGCAACACUAAGAGUGAGAUUGCUGAGCUCAACCGUAUGAUCAGUCGCCUCCAGAAUGAGAUCGAGGCUGUCAAGGGACAGCGCUCCAACCUGGAGGCCCAGAUCGCUGAAGCUGAGGAGCGUGGUGAGCUUGCUGUCAAGGACGCCAAGGCCCGCAUCAAGGACCUGGAAGACGCCCUGCAGAGAGCCAAACAGGACAUGGCCAACCAGGUCCGCGAGUACCAGGAUCUCAUGAGCGUCAAGCUGGCCCUAGACAUUGAGAUCGCAACUUACAGGAAGCUUCUGGAAGGAGAGGAAUCCAGAAUUGGAAGUGGUGGGGGAAGUGCAACCAUCCACAUACAGAGCUCCAGCUCCGGUGGCAGUGGCGGCGGCUUUGGCAGCGGCUUUGGCGGCGGCGGCUUUGGCAGCGGCGGCGGCUUUGGCGGCGGCGGCUUUGGCAGCGGCGGCAGUGCCGCCGGCUUUGGCGGCGGUGCCGCCAGCUUUGGCAGCGCCGGCUUUGGCGGCGGCUAUGGCAGUGGCGGCGGCGGCGGCAGCAGCUAUGGCGGCGGCGCCUCCUACGGUGGUGGAAGCAGCGUCUCUAGAACGACGUCCACCUCAGUCUCUACCCGCCGUUACUAAAAAAAAAGCAGUUGUCUUUAUCUCCAAACUUCUUCUUCCCUCAUUUUGUUUUCCUCCUCGUGCCCCACUUACCAUAAACCCCACCACCUCCCUCCCCGCACACAGAGCAGCCUGAGCUCAAUUCGACCAUUUACAGCUAGCAGAUCCAUUCAAUGGUAUAGCUCUCUUUGGCAUUUGGCUCCUGUGUUGCUGUUCUUUGGCACCACAUACUCACAGAGAAACAGAGAUUACAUUCAGGUACAGGUAGACGCUAAGAGAUCAUUACACGGGAAAAAGCAGCAGAGCAGCAGAGAUGUGCGUCAGUCCUCUUCUUUGACCAGUCAGCCAGGCUGUCUUUUGGCUGCCGGAUAUGCUGUCGUGUAGACAAGAGGAUACUUGUAGUGUCAUGGCAGAGAAUCCUUACAAGGCAACAAUCAUUGCACACAAAAUGACAACAGCAGUUUGAAGAUUGGCACAGAAGGAGGUGUGGUGUGGUGCUGUGCUUGGUCUUGAAUUCAUGAGGCAUUCAUUGCAGACGACCAUACAGUGUCACACCGAUGACAUUUCUUUUCUCCAAUGUCUCUCCUGUUGUCACACAUUUGUCAUCUUGUGCAUUUCGACAUCAUCAAAAGCCGCCACAUAUAACACUUUCAUUUUGAUUUUUGGGAUCCUCUUUUUCUUCUCCUGCUUUGAGAGAAAAGGAGCACUUCAGCAUAUUAACUUUUUUUAUUCCUUUACUUCCAUUUUUCACUGAUAAAAAUCAUGGUUAAGGCUGACUGGAACAACCCGAUUUAUUUUGAAUCUGUACCACCAAAAGACCUUGAAUAAAUCUGUGUUCAUACCUGG